GUCGUCAGCCAUGUUGUUUGUCUGACAGCGCCGUACAGCAACAGGUUGUCAAAGAUUCUCAAUAAAACACUGCAGAAAUCUUUAAAGAAACCCCGAAAGCCGACUGUCAUCACGUUAAUUCAGACGACAAUGGAAAAGGAUAUGUUUUCCUCCCAGGAGAUUUCGCAAAGUCAAUAAUGCUGUGGUGUAAUAUGACUGAGCUAGCCAGCUGAGACGAGGAGAUCAGGACCACUCUCCUCAUAUCCCCGCCACCUGCAGCUAUGAAUGGUGGUCGGAGUAUUUGGGCUAUAACCCCAGAGGAGAGGGACAAACAUGAUCAGAAGUUUGACUCCCUCUCGCCAGUACAGGGCUACGUUACAGGGGAGAAGGCACGGAACUUCUUCAUUCAGUCAGGGCUUCCCCAGUCUGUGCUAGCUGAGAUCUGGGCCCUGGCUGAUAUGAAUAAAGAUGGUAGGAUGGACCGGCUGGAGUUUUCUAUAGCCAUGAAGCUGAUCAAGAUGAAACUGCAGGGACAGAAUCUUCCUACAGCUCUGCCCAUCAUCAUGAAGCAGCCACCUGUGCCAGUUCCAACCAUGCCAGCAACACCUCUCGGAAUGGGAGCUAUGCCAAAUGUAUCCAUGAUGCCGAACAUGCCCAUUCUGACCCCUAUACCAAUGACCACCAUGAGCCCCAUGCCGGGCAUGACUCCCAUGAUGGGCACAGGGCUGUCAAUGUCAGUGAUGCCCACCAUCAGCACUCCAGCCCUGCCUAAUGGACCUAUUGCCAUUCUACAGCCUACCCCCAUCCCUCUCACUUCCAAUCUCCAGUUGUCAAAUUCAUUUUCCUCUUCUCCACUGGGCUUCUCUGCCACUCCAAUGAACAUGAAUCCAUCUUUGUUGGACCUGGGCUCGAGCAGCUCCUCCUCCACAUCACUGACCAGCAACUCUCCAAAGGGCGGCCUUUCUGAUUGGGCCAUCCCACAGGCAUCACGACUCAAAUAUAGGCAGCAGUUUAACAGCCUGGACAAGCAAAUGAUGGGUUAUCUAACAGGUCCUCAAGUGAGAAAUAUAAUGGCUACAACAAUGCUUUCUCAGACUCAGCUAGCUGCCAUCUGGAAUCUUGCUGAUGUGGAUAAGGAUGGUAAACUGAAGGCUGAUGAGUUUAUUCUUGCCAUGCAUCUGGUAGACAUGGCUAAAAUGGGCCAGCCGCUGCCUAUGGCACUCCCUUCAGAGCUGGUGCCCCCAUCACUAAGGGGGAAGCUUGGUGAGUCUGUGAAUGGAACCACUGGCUCGAUCUAUGCAGGCCUGGCUGAGGACCUCUAUGAGUCUGAGCCUCCGCAGAAACCAAGGAACAAUUGGACUUUUGAAGAUAAGUUCAAGAAAAAUAUGGAGAUGGGAAAUGCUGAGCUGGAGAAGCGGCGACAGGCACUUCUGGAGCAGCAGCGCAGGGAAGAGGAGAGGAGGGCACAGAAGGCCCGAGAGGAGCAGGAGAGAAGAGAGAGGGAGGCACGAGAGCUGGAGCUGAAGAGGAAGAGGGAGGAAGAGCUCAGGCUGGAGCGACAGAGAGAGCUGGAGCGACAAAGAGAGGAGGAGAGACUUAAAGAGCUGGAGAGGAAGGAGGCAGCCAAGAAGGAGCUGGAGCGCCAGCGGCAGCUUGAGUGGGAGAGGAGGAGAAAGCAGGAGCUCCUAAAUCAGAAGAGUGAAGAGCAGGAGGAGAUCAUCAAGCUCCGAGCCAAGAAGAAGAGUCUGGAGAUGGAGCUAGAGGCUGUGGGCAACAAGCAGAAACAAAUAACUGACAAGCUCCGAGAUGCUGAAGGCAAAAAGAGAAUCCAUAAAAAUGAGCUGGAAAUGAUCAACCACAAAAGAGACUGCUGCAUCACAGAAAUCCACUCUCUGCAGAAACAGUUAGAGGAAUUUAAGAGCAAGUUGGGACAGUCGACCAUAGAACAGCAAAAACUCAAUGACAGACUACGCAACCUCAAUCUGAACAACCUCCCUACUGCGACAGUGAAAACUUUACGGAGUAAUGUGGAAGAGAAGGAUCUUACUUGUCGAAAGCUUAAAGAACAGCUUAAUGCUUUGGAGAAGGAGACUGCAGUUAAAUUGGCAGAUAUGGAUCAGUAUAAGAAAGAAAUCCAGGAUCUCCGAGAGAGCCAGAGGACACAACAGUCUGCUUUGGAAAAACUACGCACUAUUAAGGAAGAAAAAAUCCGAGAGCUAAAGAAACGCAAGCAGGAGGAACUGGAAAAGAAGAGGAGAGAAGAGGAAGAGCAGACACGCAUCAAACUGGAGAAGGAGCGGCAGUGGCAGGAGAAACUGCGGCGUGAAGAGGAGGAGAAACAGAGGAAAAUACAGGAGGAGAGAGAAGCCAAACUUCGUGAGGAGGAGGAGAAGGAGAGACAAGCUCGUUUGCAGGCCGCUAGAGAACAAGCUGAGCGAGAGCACAAAGCCCGGGAGGAGGAGGAGGAGAGGAGGCGCAGGGAGGAGGAGGAGGAAAGGAGAGAACAAGAGCGACGCAGACUCGAGGAGAAAAGGAGGCAGGAGGAGGAAGAGGACCGCAGGCGGCGAGAUGAGGAAAGGAGGAAACUGGAGGAGGAGAGGAGAAAACUGGAGGAAGAACGGAAAAAACUGGAGGAGGAAAGGAGGCGGCAGGAGGAGUUAAGAUUGGAGGAGGAGCGCAGAAGAGCAGAGGAGGAGCGGAGGAGGAAAGAGGAGGAGAGACGGGAAGAGGAAAGAAGAAAGGAGCGUGAGGAGGAGGAGAGGAGGAGACAACGUGCACAAGACGCUGCCAAGAGAGAUGCAGAGGAGAGAAAAAGAAAAGAGGAGGACCGGAAGAGGCAGGAAGAGGAGGACAGGAGGCGUCGGGAGGAGGAGCAGAGGAAACAGGAUGAGGAGAGGAAGAAGAAACAGCAGGAGGAAGAGGCUGCAGCCACAAGACUGGGAGACAAUGAACAGAACAAGAAGAACACUGUUAAAUCAGACAUUGUUGCUGCUCUUCUGCGUGGCCUGGAGGAGAGGAAAGGCAGCAGACAUCCUCUUGGCACACAGCACAGGAGAUCAGCAGCACUGACGACGUUUAAAGCCCUCUACCCCUUCACUGCCAGAAACGAUGAGGAGCUUUCCUUUGAAAGCGAUGACCUGAUUGAGGUGGAUGAGAGCAUAGAGCGAGAGCAGGGCUGGCUGUACGGCAGUCGGCAGGGGAAGAUGGGCUGGUUCCCUGAGAGCUAUGUGGAGAAGCAGGCCAAAUCUGAGGCUCCACUCGUGGCCAAACAAGCCCUAAAGCCACAGGUCUCCAUCUCUGUCAGCAAACCGAGUGACGGGGCGAGUGGAUCACGGCUGAACUCUGCUUUCACCCCCACUCAUGCCACAGGCUCCGCCUCUUCCAACCAUGGUCAGGUGGUGGGGAAUGUGCAAGCUCAAGCUCUGUGCUCAUGGACUGCAAAGACCGAUAACCAUCUCAACUUCUCCAAAGAUGAUGUGAUCACAGUUCUGGAGCAGCAGGAGAACUGGUGGCUUGGAGAGCUCAGUGGGGUUCAGGGGUGGUUCCCCAAAACCUAUGUUACAGUGCUGAGCGCCACUGAUGCACAAGCAGAUUCCACUGAAGGAUCUGAUACAGCAGAUGUAUCCAACUAUGAAGAAUAUGUGGCGCUGUACACUUACGAGAGCCCUGAGCCUGGAGACCUGACCUUCACCGAGGGAGACACCCUCCUGGUAUCAGAGAGAGAAGGGGAGUGGUGGAGAGGCAGCAUCGGAGACCGAUCAGGAGUCUUCCCCUCCAAUUAUGUCAAGCCAAAGGAGACCGAUACGUCAAGUCUCCCUGGUAAACCUGGAACGCCUGGAAGGAAACCAGAAGUGGCCCAGGUGACCACUGCGUACACAGCUGCAAGUGCAGAGCAGUUGAAUCUAGCCCCAGGACAGCUCAUCCUCAUCCUCACCAAGAACCCCUCCGGCUGGUGGCUCGGGGAACUGCAAGCCAGGGGGAAGAAGCGUCAGAAGGGCUGGUUCCCUGCUUCACACGUCAAGCUUCUGGGCUCAAACAGCGGCAAAUCUACACCUGCAUCCGCGGCUGGUAAGAAACGGUUCAAGUUUCCAGGGUUGAUAUUUUUUAUUUUUUUUAAAUCUCUCCUCAUCGCUCUCCCUGUAGUCGGCCAAGUCAUCGCCAUAUACGACUACACCGCAGCAAAUGAGGAUGAGCUGAGCUUCACGAAGAGUCAAGUUAUCAACGUGCUGGACAAAAGCGAUCCUGACUGGUGGAAAGGAGAGCUCAACGGGGUCACAGGCUUGAUUCCUACCAACUAUGUGAAAAUGACCACCUCUGAUUCUGACCCCAGUCAGCAGUGGUGCACUGACCUGAGCACUCUGGAUUCAAUGAGCCCGCGGGAGAAGAAACGGCAAGGAUACAUCCAUGAGCUCAUUGAGACCGAGGAGAAAUACAUUGACGACCUACAGCUGGUUCUAGAGGUCUUCUACAAGCCCAUGUCUGAAUCAGGACGUCUUACUGAGGAUGAAAUGAGCAUGAUAUUUGUCAACUGGACGGAGCUAAUCCAGUGCAACUCCAAGAUGCUCAAGGCUCUGAAGACUAGGAAAAAGACGGGGGGUGAGAACAUGCCUGUUCACAUGAUCGGGGAUAUUCUGGCCUCUGAGCUGCCACACAUGCAGGCCUACAUCCGCUUCUGCAGCUGCCAGCUGGACGGUGCCACACUGCUGCAACAGAGAACCGAUCAGGAGCCAGACUUCAAAAACUUCCUUAAGAAAAUUGCUACAGACUACCGUUGUAAAGGAAUGCCUUUGUCCAGCUUUUUACUCAAACCUAUGCAACGGAUCACUCGCUAUCCCCUUCAUAUUAAACAUAUCCUGGAGCAUACUCCAGAGAGUCACAUGGACCAUGUUCAUCUGCAAGAGGCUUUGGAGAAGGCAGAGCAGCUGUGCACUCAGGUGAACGACGGUGUCUGGGAGAAGGAGAACUCUGAAAAGCUGGAGUGGAUCCAAUCCCAUGUGCAGUGUGAAGGCAUCACGGAGAAUUUGACUUUCCACUCUCUGACCAACUGCUUGGGUCCGCGUAAAUUGCUGCACAGCGGGAAAGUGUAUAAGACCAAGGGCAAUAAGGAGUUAUACGCAUUUCUGUUCAAUGACUUUCUGCUGUUCACUCAAGCUGUCAAGCUGUUCACUUCCUCAGGAACAGACAGACUCUUUAGCCCCAAAUCUAACACCCAGUACAAGAUGUAUAAGCAGCCUGUGUUCCUCAAUGAAGUUCUGGUGAAGCUUCCGUCAGAUCCGUCCAGCGAUGAGCCUGUCUUCCACAUUUCCCACAUAGAUCGUGUGUACACACUGAAGACUGAGCACAUUAAUGAGAGGCUUGCAUGGGUUCAGAAGAUCAAAGCAGCAUCAGAAGCAUUCAUUGAGACGGAGAAGAAGAAACGGGAAAAGAGUUAUCAAUCUCGAUCAAUGAAAGCAAGUGGAAUUGGUCGCCUGCUUGUCACCAUCUUGGAAGCAACAGAGCUAAAAUCUUCCAAACCAAAUGGAAAGAGUAAUCCAUACUGUGAAGUGACCAUGGGUUCUCAGUGCUACACUUCCCGGACCAUCAAUGACACCGUCAACCCCAAGUGGAGCUUCAAUUGUCAGUUUCACAUUAAAGACGUGUAUCAAGAUGUCCUCUGUAUUACGAUUUUUGAGCGGGAACAAUAUUCACCAGAUGAGUUUUUAGGUCGCACUGAGGUUCCUGUAGCCACUAUUAAGAAAGAGCUUGAGAAUAAAGGUCCGUCCACUAGGAGACUGCUGCUUCAUGAAGUUCCCACUGGAGAGGUUUGGGUUCGGCUCGACUUGCAGCUGUUUGACCACAAAGCCCCCAAAUGAUGAGGAGAGAGGAUGUCCCUGUAAAUCUGCACAUCAAGCACAGCUUCUCACCACUAGCUUCUCAAGAUUUUCAAGACUAACCAUUGCCUUAAAAUGUUCUUAACUACUGAGGAGCGUAGACAUGGAUGUGUGACCAUGAGGAAGACGAGUUAACGUUCACACUUUUGCCAAGUUUGAUUUUUGACCAAGUGACAUGGGAAUGAAAAGGGAUAAUUUUUUUUUUUUUUUUUUUGUAUUGCCUAAAUAAUUUACCACUGGAUGUAGAGAUAUCUCAGGACCUAUAUUUUGCUUCAAAUAUACUGUCUUUAUUGCUGUACAGAGAGCUAGAUUUGCUAAAUCAUGGCUUGCCUAGAUCUGAAGUUGAUGAGAACUUUUGAACUUGAAUAUUCUCAUCAGCAACACUAAACCAUGUGGUGUUGUUUUAUUAAUUAAUUGUCCAUCUGCCUUACCUGCCAGUUCAUCCAUUUAACUUCACCAUGGUAGAAUUAAUUUGCACCAGCCGUUUGAUCUUCUAUAAAAUCUUAUAACUGUGUAAAAUGGAAGGAACUUUUCUGCAGAGCUUACUAGUUGUUCUGUAUGAAGGUACGCAUGAGGUGAUUAACCAGGGAUGAUUGGUUAAAGGUCUAAUCUCUGUUGAUUUUGUGUGCUUGACUGAGUUUAUUUAUGUUAAUUUAUGCGUCUUGGACUAUCUGCACAUUUUACGCUGCCUACGAUAUCUGGAUUGCCAUAAAGCAUUCAGAUAAGGUCUUAAUAUUGUGUAUUUUUUUGCAGUUGUAGUAUGGACGUUUACUCAAGAGACCGAGUUGCUGAGUGUCUCUCCCAAGUUUUAUUUGUUUUUGUUUUAAAUAUAAAUGUAAUAAAGUUUGAGUAUUUUGAAAGUUUUUUUUUCUUACGUACAUUUUUUUUUUUUCCUUCAUUUUAGACAAGUAUUAGUUUUGAAAAAAGGUCUAAUAUUGUAUUUUUCCAAAAGACCUCACAAAUAGCUAUGCAACAAAAUCAGGUUUCAUAUGCAAAUAAAAUUAAAAUGCUGUAAAGUAUACUGGAUGAUUGUCUUCACUUCGAAAGAAAACACUAUUAACUUUAAAAGGGGAGUUUAUUUUUUUUCUCUGUAAUAUACGGUCAUAGUCAUGAAUAUUAAUUAGGGUUCUGUUGAUAUUCAUGAGGGGCAACCGAACCCGUCACUUCAGCAACACAUUUGUGAAUGUAGCUAACAUGCGUCUUGAGAACUUCUGAUGUAAUUUGUUAAUGUUACAUACAAAUAUGAAACCAUUUCCAAAGUUAUUAGAAGAACGUAUCAUUGACACAUGUUGAGUGUGCAGCGCUACUUUUGUCGGACAGCAAUAAACAACAUCAGUUUUAACAA